ACAGCCCCCACCCAACGCCUCUCACCAUCGCACUCAGCACUGCUCACAUAUAUCGUCACCCUUCUUCUUCUUCUCCACGCCGUCCCCACGCCACGCCGCCCGCCGUAACUUGUCCUGCCUCGGCCUACCCGCACGUGUUCCGCUCCUCAUACCAGAUCGCCGCCGCGCGGCACUCAUACCUUUGACAUGCCCUCGCCGCACCACCCCAAACGGCCGGCGGGGGCUGUGCGGCGCAUGCGCGCCGCCCAACCUCUACCAGUCGACGAAGCCCAGUCUCUCUCGUCACUCUUCAGCAACCUACCAUCAAUCAGCGGCAUCUCGGAGAUGGCGGGCGUCGGAGCUCUGAAGUCAUUUCUCCCCAAGAGCCCUAGCCCGAGUGUCAAUCCCCUUCCUACCGUGGAAGCCGCAGGCGGGGCGUGGGCUGACGCGGACCUCGGCAGUGGGCGGAGUCGCGUGCUAAUAGCAUGGGCGCAGCGGGCCGUGCAGGUGUUCGCGUUGAGCGACGGCGUCAUUCCUGAUGACCCGCAUGUUCCGGAGACCUUCCCCGCCCCAGUUGAAAUCGCAACCAUCCCCAGCGUCUUGUACGCCAGCGACGCACAGUUUUCAGCUCUUCCCGGAGUACAAGAGUGCCGCACGCAGCGCAACGAGACUGUGCUAAAUGCAUGUCUUCUCCAUCAUCGCAUGUGGGGCGAACAUGGACCUGUUCUCGCCGUAUGCACCCACUCGCCGGAGUCCCGCGGCCUGCAGGGCCCCCUUGGCGUUUCGCUCAUCAGCCUCCGUACUGGGCGAGCAUACCGGCGUCUUGACGUCGGCAAAGGAAUCGCCGGUUCCGUGACCGCCUCUCAGCGGGCCAUUGUCAUCACAACGUCGCACCCCUCGCCCUCGAUCUAUGUCGUCAACCAGGAUCUUGAGCUUGUUACGCCAUCGAUAGUCGGUCUGCCAGCGCAUCCGCAGAGCUUCCUUCCGGUGGUGGCACUAUCCGGUCGGCUGCUUGCACUAGCCUCUAGCGAGCCGGCUGCUACACCAGGGCCUCAUGGUCUGGGAUCGAUCGUCACUGCGUCAAUGACACGGCCGCGCAUCAGCAGCGUCAGCAGCCAAGGCUCGGCGUCCACAGCCGCGCCGCCGACCGCACAAGGCGCGAUCCUCAGCUCGGCCGUCGAGCUCGGCGGUGGUGUGGCACGCGGCGUCUGGGCUGGUCUCAAGGCGGGCGCCAAGGCAGCUAGCCAGGCCAGCUCCGGGCGCUUGGCGUCGAGUGCACCAAACGAUCGCGUGCUUGAGAACCUCUCUUCACCCACCUCUGAAACAUGCGAGAGCCGGUCCCACGAGGAUGCGGACAUCGCGUCGCCCAAGCCGCUCGGCGGCGUGUGGGUAAAGAUUCUCGACCUAUUUCCCGCAUCAUCCGUCGAGCCCGAGCUUAUCGCUCACUUCCGACUCCCUUCCCUCCGACACCUGGUCGCUGCGAUGCCAACGCAAAGCCCUCGCUCCACUAUACCUCGCGACCAGCCAGUCGUGCUCCUUAAUUUCUCUCCUGAUGGCACAAGGCUUUUCGCUGCUCCAGCCGACGGCCGUGCUUUUCACGUGCUCGAAGUGCGGCCCAGGGGAGCGAUGCUCUCGCGGCCCGGUCCGCCAAAAGGCGAGGUGUGGGACACGUACGUUCUGCGUCGCGGCAAUACCACAGCCAGCGUCCGCUCCGUUUCGUGGUCACCCGACGGCAGAUACGUUGCGGUUGGUACAGGGCGGGGGACCGUUCACGUCUUCCCCGUUUGCCCUGGCGGUGGGAAGCCUACAGCAGCAAGCCACGUACCGCUGAAGCUAACAAACGCUCAUAUUCUUCCGGCACUGUCAGUGGAGAUCGCGCCGUGCGCUCGAAUCCGGCCAUAUCGAGCAGGAGUGUCUGAGAACACGCAAGAGAAGGCGGAUGCCGAGGGUAUGACCGCAAAUGCUGUUGCCAUGUUUGCCGCCCUCCGCACCCACCCGCUCGGCAAAGGAACGUUGUGCCAGGACAUUGUCAUCUUCCGUUCGGCCAAAGCAGAGCUCGACCUCGCCCGCCUUGCUGCCCACCAGGUUGCACUUACAGCGGCGAGCCCGCCAGCUGAGGCGCAUCGGAGACUCAGCAGUAAUCUGACGGAAAUGAUGCGGCAGAAGGCAGGUCUGAGAAGCGAGAGCGACCUCGACAUUAAGUCAGCCGUCGUUGCGCGCUGGGCGCUGCCUAUCGGCGAGGGAGGGUUCAUGGACAUGGUGACGCUUCCAGCAGUCAUGGACUCGAAGCAAAUGGAUCCCGGUGCUGCGGACGGCGGGCGCGGCAGCAUUCACUAUGCCGAGAUUCGCACGCACAGCACGAGUCCGAGAAUUCUCCCAUCAUCCAUCUACCUUUCGCACCAGGCAACAUUCCACGCCGCAAUCCCGACUGACGAGUUUUCUCCACUCUCCGUGCUGGACAAGGUGGCGCGCACGCGGCGCCUUGUAUUCCGCCCCGAAGUUGAGGUACACCACCCCGCCCCUCCAGAGGCUAGUUCGUUUGACGAGCCGCUCAGCAGCGCCCUACACUCGAUGAUGGACGCUCGUCCCUCGCCCCAGGUGCCUGCGCUGCCAAACGGCUCGCCGUCCAAAGCCGGGUUAUGGGGUUCCAUCCCUAUCCGUCGCGCAGCUGCUAACCUCGGCGAAGGCCUAGAUGUUGUGCGGCGCGAGUACGCGCGCGCUCAGCAUAAGCGCAGUCGGCGCCGGAGUGCGGCGAGUGGCACGCCAUUAUCGUUUGAGGAUGACACCGUGUUUGCAACGAUUGAGGACGACGCAAGCUCAGCACCCAGUUCUGGACCUCUCCCGGCUACGGAUGGCGGAAGCACGGACGCCGAGUGGGGAGAUAGAUGGGAGGAUGAGUACCGUCGAGCAGUGGAGGACGAUGGCGGUGCCGAGGACCUCGUCCUAGGUUUACUUGAUGAGGAGGAAGACGAGCGGAGGCGAUGGGAGCGCCAGCAGAAAGUACGAGAGAAGGAGCAGGGUAAGCCGUGACUUGUGGGCUUCGCAGGUAGGGAGGAGUAUCCGGGAUGUGUCAGAAGAAGCACGCAUAAACCAUAAACCACCAUCAUCAAUUAUAUCUUGCAUGCAUGUGCAUUUGUUCAUGAA